AUGUUUCUGUUUGCCAUGGGCUUACUGCUGGCCAUCUUUCAGCCAUCCACUGGGCAGUUCCCCAGAGUCUGUGCAAAUACACAGAGCUUGCUGAGGAAGGAGUGCUGUCCUCCCUGGGAUGGAGAUGGGUCCCCUUGCGGGGAGCGUUCCAACAGAGGAACCUGCCAGCGCAUCCUUCUCUCUCAGGCUCCUCUGGGACCACAGUUCCCUUUCUCAGGAGUGGAUGACAGAGAGGAUUGGCCUUCUGUGUUCUACAACCGGACAUGCAGAUGUAGAGGCAAUUUCAUGGGAUUCAACUGUGGGGAGUGCAAGUUUGGCUUCUCAGGACAAAACUGCACGGAAAGGCGACUGAGAACAAGAAGAAACAUCUUCCAGCUCACCGUCAGUGAGAAGGACAAGUUCCUUGCCUACCUUAACCUGGCAAAGAACAUCCCCAGUGAGGACUAUGUCAUUGCUACUGGCACAUACGCUCAGAUGAACAACGGCUCCAACCCCAUGUUCAGAAAUAUCAAUGUGUAUGAUCUCUUCGUCUGGAUGCAUUAUUAUGCCUCUCGAGACACACUCUUAGGUGGAUCCAACGUAUGGCGGGACAUUGAUUUUGCCCAUGAAGCCCCUGGUUUUCUGCCUUGGCAUCGUGCUUUUCUGCUGCUGUGGGAACGUGAGAUACAGAAGAUAACAGGUGAUGAGAACUUCACCAUCCCCUACUGGGACUGGCGAGAUGCAGAGGACUGUGUGAUCUGCACUGAUGAAUAUAUGGGUGGCCAACACCCCACCAACCCUAAUUUACUCAGCCCAGCAUCAUUUUUCUCGUCAUGGCAGGUAAUCUGCACUCGAUCUGAAGAGUACAACAGCCAACAGGCUUUAUGCAAUGCCACUAGUGAAGGGCCUAUACUUCGAAAUCCUGGAAACAAUGACAAAUCAAGGACCCCAAGGCUCCCAUCUUCAUCAGAAGUUGAAUUUUGUCUGUCACUCACUCAGUACGAAUCUGGAUCCAUGGACAAAAUGGCCAAUUACAGCUUCAGAAACACUUUGGAAGGCUUUGCUGAUCCACACACUGCAAUAUCAAACAUAUCUCAGAGUGGUUUGCAUAACGCGCUUCACAUCUACAUGAACGGCUCCAUGUCCCAAGUACAAGGCUCUGCGAAUGAUCCUAUCUUCAUCCUGCACCAUGCAUUUGUUGACAGCAUUUUUGAGCGGUGGUUAAGAAGACAUAGACCCAUGCUAGAAGUUUACCCUGCAGCCAACGCACCCAUUGGGCACAAUCGAGAAAAUUACAUGGUUCCCUUUAUCCCUCUUUACAGAAAUGGAGAAUUUUUUGUACCAUCAAGAGAGCUGGGGUAUGACUAUGAGUAUCUGCAAGAACCAGCACUUGGUUCUUUCCAGGACUUUUUAAUCCCCUAUCUCGAGCAAGCCCAACAGAUCUGGCCCUGGCUGGUUGGCGCAGCUGUGAUUGGAGGCAUAGUUACUGCUGUGCUCUCCGGGCUCAUCCUGGCCUGCAGGAAGAAAAGAACAGGAACUUCUCCAGAAAUACAACCCUUACUUGCAGAAAGUGAAGAUUACAACAAUGUAUCUUAUCAAUCCCAUUUCUGAAGACCUCCAGUAUCUCAGUGAUAUUUCUAAGGUGCUGGUCAAACAUGCAGUGUUUGAUUUAUGUUUACAAUGACCUUGUAGAGCUGUGCUGCAUAAGCUGGCUGGGCUGUCCUGCUCCUUGUGCCUCUUGUAACAUCCAGUGUUACAGUACCUUUUCAGCUCCAGACCUCCGAAAUCUCUCAGAUCCAACAUGUUACCAUGCCACCCAAGGAACAGUGUGUAAUUCCAAUGCUUGAUUAAACAAUGCUCCUGUGAAUCUGAAUGGCUUGCGUGCUGCUUACUCAGAUGCAUAAUUCUUUGAUCUUCUUUUUGCUGUUAUAUCUGUAGGCUCCAAUCCCACAGCCCAAUCCAUGUGAAGAAAUUCAAAGGGCACACGAAAGUGCAUGGCUUUAGUGACAGGCACUCGAUUGCAAGAUCAGUGCUACAUUCACCCUGGUGUUCAGAGCCCUUUAGUUUAGUGAGAGAAAUGUGCUGUCUGUGAGCAGAGUGAAUGACCCAUAGACACAUUUUUCUUUCAGGAUAUAAACAUUUUCCCUCCAGCUCCAGUAAUGCCCUGUUUGUCUGUGAUGGAAUGCCAUCAACUGCAGCAAGCGGGCUCUAAGGAACCACUUCUCGCUUGUCUCAAACAUUCCACUUACUCUUCUGCUAAAUCAUUUUCCAUUUGUCUGGGGUGCAGAGGGUUUUUUUCAGAGAUGAAACCUAGUCUCAUCUCUCUUCGGUUUGACUUAGGGAUACUCAGGUUAUGGCUGACUUGUGAUUGCUCAAUGGGCACAAAUUUCAUACGGGCAAUCCAUACAUGACGAAACAAGGUGUGUAAUCAUAUGACAAGCUUUAAACAAAAAGAAAUAUUAGUUUUCAGAGAUGGGGA